AUGCACAACAAAAAGCACGGUUUACUUUGGCAAACUGUACUCAUAACUAUUUUUUUUUGUACAUCAUCUCUUGAUUCCUUUUUAUCAAAUAAUUUCUUUUUGUGUUUAGACGAAGACAUUGAUGGUGCAACAUUACUGUUACUACAACAGGAGGAUAUUGUAAAAAUAUAUCCUCGGAUUAAAGACCGAGUAAAAUUUGUUGAUCAACGUACAAAAUUGAUAGAAAGUUUCAAGGAACAUGAUCCAGACACUGAUGAAAUUACAGAUGUAACACACCAUCAUGAUUUACCGGAUUCACCUGUAUUAUUAGCGGCUGAAGAAAAUCAAAAUGGUCAAACACGUGAUGAUAUAUCAUCAAAUAUUGAUUGUAAUGAAAAUAAUGAUUUACAUGUCGAAUCACGGCUGCCUACAGAUUAUACAGGUCCAAUUUUAACAACAAGAAUACAAUAUUACAUUGAUCAAAACAACCUUUCGAAAUUUAAUCCUCAUACAACUUUACGUGGUGAAAUAUUAUCGCUUCUAUUUGAUGAUGUAACAAAAACAUACAAUUUACUUUAUCCCAAUCAUGAUGAAUAUAUGAUCAUGGCUAAAUCAAUUGUUGAAAAACUGUCUACUCCAUCAGCUUUAGCUUGUGAAGCUACAAAAGAAUGGCAUGAAUCGAUAAAACAAAAAUUUAAACGUGAACAUAGACCUUUACAAAUGGAUAAUAAAUUGGUGAAGCUUAAACAAACUAAAUAUAAUCAUGGUAAAGAAAAUGGUCGACCGAAAAGAAAAAGUGUUGUUGCACAAGCUCAACGUCGAACGAAUGACAUACCAUUUAUCAAUUUAAAUGAUCGUCAAAAUGAAAAUCUUUCGUCUUUGGUCAAUCAGAUGAACAUUGAAUUACUUAAAGACAAUCCUGAUAAUAAUAUUCUUCAUAAUCUCUGGAGUCAGUCGUUUAAUAUUCGUCGUUUACAUGUUCGUGAAUUAACAAUAGAUGAAUUACUUGAAAGAUUUCCUGGUUAUCGUCGUGCAGAUUUGCUCUUGGCAGAAGUAAAAGAAACUGCUGGUAUUGAUCUUAAUGAAAAUAUAGAUACUCUAUUACCAAAGUUCUUCGAAUGCUUACCAGAUAAUAAUUGCUAUUUAUCAGACGUAUUACCUAUUCGAAUCAUUCGAAUUUUAUGCAAACGAUUCGGUGACUCACUUGGUAAUGUUUUCACAUACCAGGAAGUGCUUGUACCGUAUCCUUGCAUUAAAAUUCUCGAAGACAAGUUUGAACUUUAUCUUGACUUCCAUCUCGUUGCAGAAACCAAUUCAUGUUCAACAGCUGUUGCUCUACUCUUGUCACUUUAUCAUAUUUUUGAAAUUAGAUUUGCAAAUCACAAUAGAUGUUGUCGACUUCUUUACAGCAUAUUAUUUGAAGAUGCACAUCAUCUUAAUAAAUCACUGAAGAACUUGUUAAACAAUUGGAAUUACAAAAUUAUUAAUCGACCACUAAUAAAAGCACAAACAGUUAUUAUGAACAUGACUGAAUGUUUUACUCAACCAUCAACUGACAAUGAAAACAUAUCAUCUUCAUCCAACAAUUUUACUCAGAUUGAUGACACAAAAAUUAAACAAACUCAGCAAACUCGACGUUCUUCAUCAUGUUCAGCAUUAACUACUUCAAAAAAUAGUGUUCAAGAUUGUCUUAAUCCAAUCUGUGAAAAUGAUUAUGAUCAAUCUUCAGAUUUUUCUGAUGAAAAUGUCUUCAAUCAUUCAUCAACUACUUCUAUUCCGAUGAAUGAUUCUCAGUUAAAGUCAUCAAUGGCUCUUCAAAAUGUGACUCAGUCAUUAAUUAAUACUCAAAGAUUUAGCGAGGAUCGUAGUGUACAAGAAAAACAUGAACUAUAUGCGUUUAAAACACCCUUGCAAGCGACAGAAAAUGAACUUCAGCCUGAUCCACCUAAUGAAAAUACAAUAUCUAACUCCAACCUCAAACAAAAACGUAAACAGAGUCAAUCAUCAUAUUCAUCAACGACAUCCCAAAGACAAUCUAGCCGACUCGGAGCAAAGCGAGUUCGUGUUUUGUGA